CCCCCACCCCACAGACCCACCCCACUCGAGUUCCAUUCCCAUUUGCGCCAGGUUUCCAUGGUCUGGGCUUCAUGAUCUGGAGAAUUUGGAGUGGUGAGGAGCUGCUAUUUAGCCUUCUUGGUCUAUGUUUAGGUAUAUGAUGUUGUACAGUUCUUUCAGUGCUUGGAUCACUCAGUUUCUUGCUUGCAUGGGAGGUUGCUUUGGUUGCUGCGGAAAAUCUCAACCAAUAAUUGCUGUGGAUGAGCCAUCGAAAGGGCUGCGAAUUCAAGGGAGAUUGGUGAAAAAACCUAGUAUAUCAGAAGAUUUCUGGAGCACGAGCACAUAUGAGAUGGAAAAUAGCACUAUUCAAUCUCAGAGAAGUCUGUCGUCUAUCAGUGUUUCAAAUCAGGUCCUCAGUCAGAAUAUUGGCACUGGAAGCACUAGCAACCAUUCAGAAUUUGUAAAUCAUGGUUAUCUUCUUUGGAACCAGACCAGGCUUCAGUGGCUUGGAAGUAAAAAACCUGAGAACCAAAGACAAGUUCGGGAGCCAGUACUAAAUUGGAAUGCUACCUACGAAAACUUGCUUGGAACUAACAAGCGUUUCCCUCAUCCAAUUCCUCUCUCUGAAAUGGUUGAUUUUCUUGUGGAUAUAUGGGAGCAAGAAGGAUUAUAUGACUGACUAACACUGCUGACAUGAUUGCUGGAAAAGAUUUGUGUAUAGUUGAUGAGUUCCCAUAAGAGAAGAAAGGUGGUAAAAUUUUAAACAAUGGAUUUUUCUUUUUAAAUUUCCUUUUGUUGUCAAUUUCAAAAAUUUUAUGUGUUUGUGAUUCUUAAUUAAUCCCCCAUUGUAAAUGCAAUGCAUAUUUGGGACCUCAAGAUUUGAGUGAUGCAGCAGCUAUCACAUAGUGUUUGUUUCUCUAUAGAAUGAAUGAAUGGUCCAAAAGGAGAAAUGCCCAAAA